CAUAACACACACCUCUGUCAUCAUAAUCUGCUUGUUUGCUGAACAAUCCCGGAUCGGCCAGGCCACACUUCACUCUUAAUCCGAUUCAAACCAGCAUCGCGAAAUCACUUCUUCGAGUACUUCGCCACGACCACCCAUUGAAUCGACUACCCUUUCCUUUCCCUAGACAUCGCGCCAACUUACCCGACCGCCAUCAUGUCUGUUGAUCUACUACCGGCCGAACUUGGCUUCAGACGCCCUUUCAACCGAGAGGUCACUGAGGUUCUCAAGCUCAGCAACUCAAACAGUGCCCCCGUUGCAUUCAAAGUCAAAACUACUGCACCCAAGCAAUAUUGUGUACGGCCGAACUCGGGCAUGAUUCCACCAAAUGGAGAAGUCGAAGUGCAAGUUCUUCUACAGGCCAUGAAAGAAGAACCACCCCUCGACGCCAAAUGCCGCGACAAGUUCCUCGUACAAUCCGUCCUCACAUCUGCCGAUCAGGACCCCAACGUCACCACCCUCUGGCAAACAGUCGAGAAGACGGCCAAGAACACAAUCCAGGAGAAGAAGAUCAGAGUCAAUUUCCUGCCUGCGACAGGAGGGACACCCAAUGGCGUUUCCUCCCAUGAAGAACAGCCACCAGCUUACUCGUCGCCCUCUCCGCAAUUUGACUCCCCAGCUCCUCGCUCAUCGGUUGGGGGUGUGUCUACAGCCGAAUCGGCCAAGUCGUCGAUGGCGAACGCGGCUGAAGCCACCGGCCUAGCCGCCGCCGCUUCCACUGUAGCGAGCGCUGUACCAACCUCCACCCAGGAACUACAAGAACAACUAGCAGCCGCCCGUGCUCAGAUUAAGAAACUGAGCGACCAGGUCCAAGACCCACAGUUCCGGCAGAGAAAGGUACAAGAAGCAAGUGACAAAGUCCAGACAGUGGUGCAACAGAGCAACGAGUCCGGAGUACCCUUGCAAAUUGUUGCAGGUCUUUGCCUACUUAGCUUUUUGAUAGCAUAUCUCUUCUUCUAAGCAACCGGGCCCGGCCAGCGUGCGCCUAGUCCACCACCCGUACGGAGUAUGGGCUAGCAGAUAUGACUCAGUUGGUCUGCAUUAUAAAGUGGAUUGUGCCGCCGCUGGGGGAUGAGGCUCCAGAUGAGGAGAAAAAGGUGUGACGGUUCUAUGGCAACUCCAGAAUAUAAAGAAGUCAAUGCAUACUUACUUGGUUGAGGUCGACUGUGCUGUUGUGGCUCAUCAGGCUGGCUUGCAUUCAUGCCCACAUUAUGAAGCUGAAUGUCGAAGAGUGUUCAGUGUGUACGUUGGAUAAGGGGUGUUUGUUUUUGUUAUCGUGCUUUCCACGCGAUCUUCUAUGUAAGCGUAGAUCAAAAUAAGAAGCAAUAUUGAGUUCCAGGCCGAUAUUGAUGGAUUUGAGCACUUGGUAUCG